ACCUCGGACCUGUUUGCCAUGAUCGAGAGGAUUCAGGGGUGCAGAAUGGAAGAGCAGCGAUGCCCCCUCCCUCCGCCCCUCAAAACAGAAGAGGACUACAUCCCUUAUCCAAGUGUUCAUGAGGUUCUGGGUCGCAGAAGUCCCUUCCCGCUCAUCCUGCUUCCCCAGUUUGGAGGGUACUGGAUCGAAGGAACCAAUCAUGAACCCAAAGACCCUCCAGAGGCUGAUCAGCCUUCCUGCCUGGCUUCACACAUCAAACUGGAGACAAACAGCACAGCGAAGAUCUACAGGAAGAAUUUCAUGGGCAAGGAACACUUUAAUUACUACACCGUGGAUGCUGCCCUCGGCCACUUGGUCUUCUCAAUGAAAUACGAAGUCAUCGGGGAUCAGGAACAUCUGCGUUUGAUGCUACGCACAAAACAGAAGACCUAUCAUGAUGUGAUUCCCAUUUCCUGCCUUACAGAGUUUCCCAAUGUGGUUCAGAUGGCGAAGCUUGUUUGUGAAGAGGUGAACGUAGACAGAUUUUACCCUGUCCUUUACCCAAAGGCGUCGAGGCUCAUUGUCACCUUCGAUGAGCACGUAAUCAGUAACAACUUCAAGUUUGGAGUCAUUUAUCAAAAGUUUGGCCAGACGUCAGAGGAGGAGCUGUUUGGGAACAUGGAGGAAAGUCCCGCCUUUGUUGAGUUCCUGGAGUUUUUGGGGAAGAAGAUUGAGCUUCAUGAUUUUAAAGGUUUUCGAGGUGGACUCGACGUCACUCACGGGCAGACGGGGACGGAAUCUGUCUACACGAAUUUUCACAAUAAGGAGAUUAUGUUUCACGUGUCCACCAAACUGCCUUACACAGAAGGAGACUCACAGCAGCUGCAGAGGAAAAGGCACAUAGGCAACGAUAUUGUGGCCAUCGUGUUCCAGGAGGAAAACACGCCCUUCGUACCGGACAUGAUCCAGUCCAACUUCCUGCAUGCGUAUGUCGUGGUGCAGGUUGAGAACGCGUGCACGGACAAUGUGAUCUACAAAGUGUCUGUGACAGCAAGAGAUGACGUACCUUUCUUUGGGCCUGCUCUACCCGACCCAGCUAUCUUUAAAAAGGGCACCGAGUUCCACGAGUUCCUCUUCACCAAGCUUAUAAAUGCAGAAUAUGCGUGCUACAAGGCUGAAAAGUUCGCCAAGCUCGAGGAGCGCACGCGUUCGGCUCUGCUGGAGACCCUGUACGAGGAGCUGCACAUCAACAGCCAGUCCAUGAUGGGUUUGGGUGGAGACGAAGAUAAGCUGGAGAACGGGGGUGGAGGAGGAGGCGGCGGAGGCUUUUUUGAGUCCUUUAAGCGGGUCAUCCGCAGCAGAAGCCAGUCUAUGGACGCCAUGGGCCUCAGUAACAAGAAGUCACAUACAGUUUCUACUAGUCACAGUGGCAGCUUUACCCACAAUCCCGCAGAGAGCCCCAAAACCCCAGGGAUUUCAUUGCUUGUCCCGGGGAAAAGUCCCAGUAAAUAUGGACGCCGAGGCAGUGCCAUAGGGAUAGGAACAAUAGAAGAGUCGUUGAUCAUUCCUGGGAAAAGCCCAACCAGGAAAAAGUCUGGACCGUUCAGCUCCCGUCGCAGCAGCGCCAUUGGCAUCGAGAACAUCCAGGAGGUCCAAGAGAGGAGCCGGGAGGUGUCACCCAACGCCCAGAAAACACCCGACAGCAGCCACUUGUCACAGGAAAACAAGUCGGACAACUCCUCGAGUCACAGUUCACCAGAGUUCACUGCCACAAAGAACAGUUCGGCCAUGUGUUGCAGGGCACCUUCCAUCCCCGAGGCUCAGGACCUUUCUCGCUCCUCGUCCAACGCCAGCAGCUUUGCCAGCGUUGUGGAGGAGCACGAGGCCGAGGAGGAGUACGAAACUGGACUGGAAAGUGUUUCCUGCGUUACGCCAGUAAAAAAAGACUCUUUUCUGUAUGGCUCUGCAGUGGAGGACAGUUCCUGCAGCCAGGGAGGUUUUUCAGCAGCUUCCCGUCUUCAGCACCAACCGGACGAACUGAAGACGGCAGAGCCCAAAGGGACAGACGGUCAGAGCAAGAUGGAGCGCCCCGAACAGGAGCACAAGCACUCAUCGCACUGUUAGCCAUUCUCCUCUGAUCACCACUCUGGCAUCCAUCUUUUUUCAGGCACCUUUUGCUACAAAAUAAGCUAAGGAGAACACAGGAAGUCCACCCCUGAGGCAGAAACGAAGCGCAGUUGAGCCACAAUUGAGAGACGGAUUAUCUUUUGGUUGACAUGGAUCUGCUGUUUCUCAUCACAAACACUCAGCUCAGCGGAUGCGUUCCAACUCUCCGUCCUGAUUUUUUUUUUUUUUUCAUUCACUGCGUGGAAAUCCUGGGGUCCUCGUGUCGAAAGAAAAUGGACCUCCGCAUCCACGCGGCAUCAAACAUGGCUGACGUUUGGUAGCAGUGAAACAGUUCACCUGCUCGUUCGACAGGACGCCGCCGUGAGUCGUUUUUUCAAAGCUCGGGAUUUGAACGAGGAUUUUUACGCCUGAGAGAGAGAAAAUACAGACUGAUGAAACAAAUUUUCAGCUUUUACAGAGUACUACAAGAAAUAUGUUUUUUUCUUUGUUUUUUUAUUAAAUACACAUCUCACUGUGACACUGUACAUAGUUUUAACUUUGACRUACCAAGUGAGUGGCUGCCACCUUCUGUGUUUUAUUAAAAGGCUAUUCUGCUGUGCAACUUAUUUUUGGCAAGUUUGUCCUGUUUUCUGCAAAAUGUUUAACGCUGCUGCCGGUGGCUCUGAAAACUUGUCUCACCCAUCUUGUGUGUGGGUGACAGGGUCAACUAUAUGACUGGGUUAUAGUAAUAACUGGUGACACAUGAAGGUACUGCUGUUUAGUCUCCAAACGCCCUUUGUUCCACACCACCUGUGUUCAGCAGCUCUGUCCGUGACGUAAAGCUGCUUUUUUUCUGCGCACUGAUGCACUGCUUCACAUGGAAGUGUUUGAGUGAUUUCUGUUUUUUAUUUUUAUUGAAAACCAGCCAUCUCCAUAUGCAGUGCACAUCGCUGAUAGAGAGCCAAAUGUCAGUUUGUUUUUUGUAAAAUGUAAUAUAAAUAUAAAUGUAUGACCUACUGUAAGCACUACAUAUUCUGAAAUAUCCUUUUGGAGGAGACUGAUUUUAAUUUAUUUUUUUUUCCCCUGAAAAUGAAUUACACUGUGACUCAUCUGGACAUUGCCUUUAUGAUGGUGUCACUGGAGCAGCUUUAGAGGGAAGGGCAUAUUUAAAGGCACUGUGCUGCCAAAUGGCUUGAAUGUAAAUCUAAAUAGAGAAUAAUUGUAUUUAAUUUUUAUUAGAAAAGAAAGAACAGUUGUUUUAUUUAUGCUGUUUGAUUAAAAAAAACAUAUUUAUUAAGUGGUUAAUGGUGACAGAAUUGGCACUUAAAAGGUUAAAAAGGACACAGAAACAAACAUAAAACAACCUACAGUGUACAAUUCUUCCAUUAAACUGUUUUAGGAACAGAAAAAUUGGCAGUCAUAUUAAAUAAACAGCACUGCAGUCCUCAGAAAGACUAUUUGAGCUUGCAAAUGUUGGAGUAGAUAAAGUCUGCCCCCUUGUGGYGUGAUGUCAUUACUGCACAUUGCUUUGUGGUUCUUUCAAUCUGCACUGAGGAAAACAUCUGUGUUCUCAAUUCAAAUGAUUGUAUUUUUGUCCUAGUUAGYUGUUUGCUUAAGUCUUAGUUUGUAAGGCUUGUUUGUAAAUAUUGCUUUUCAUCUUUUUUUUUUUGUAAAUGAAACAAAUGUUUAAUAAAGAUGAAUAUGAAGCUCA